UUGUCAAGGAGUUUAGCUCCGUCCGUCAGUCAGUCAGCGGUCAGCGCGGAGAGUGUACCCGAAGUUCGUGUUCAACAUCGGAAUCUCAAAUUUACAACUUCUAAGCAAAAGCUUGAGGAAAGCUACUUGUGGGGGUCCUCAAAAGGAUCAACGUAUGGUGCGUUUAAUAAGGUGGAAAUAUGGAAACUAAUAUCCUCCACUGGGUAGGGGAAAACCACCCUCGAGCGUUUUGAACUGCACUAAAGUAAAAUCGGCGCUACUUCGCGGUGUUGUGUGGGCUGUGGCGUUACGAAAAUUGCCAGCUCGGAAGGGUGUGAAAGCGUAAACGCAUGCAGAUAUCGAUUGUACGUGAAAAACGGACAAUAGCGAGUUACCGUUUUUCCAUUACCUGUCUUACCGUGUCGUCAUCGUCCCUCGUUUACCUUCAGUGGGUUUCGAUUGAUGUUUGUUCCUCGUCUCAAUCCGCGAAGCGUCAAAAUCGUUCAGCUGGUGCUCUGUGGAAAAAGGACAAGAGAAAUUCGCGUGACAAUCCGUGCGUUUUUGUCCUUCGAUCGUUCGUCUCCAGUGGAGUCGAGUGGAACAAACACACAACAUUGCGGGAGAGUUAGCCAAAAAGAAGAGCCAAGAGAGUGAGUUCCACCAUCGGUGCCCCAACACUGAACCGCAUGUGUUUUCUCACCCGCCCGCUCGAAGGGGGUUUGGGUGAUUCUGUGAUUUUCCUUGCGAAAUCGUUCGCAAGGAUCUGACGUGAGAGCAGUCCUCUCGCGUGGUUCACAAGGAUUCGCCUGUUUUCGGCAGACUCUUCGCCUUGGUUGCUGCUGCUGCUGCUACUAGUACUGGCACUGGUGUGUGACACUGUUUAGGGCGGUUCCGCAGACGGGUAACUUUGCUCUGCACCGUUGCAGAAGUGAUUUGCCUAUUUUUUCCGGACAUAAACGGUGCCCAGUGGAUGUUGAAGUCUGCAUGGAUCAGUGACGAAAGUAAUCGUUGGUUUUUCGAGUGCAGAAGAUUUUUAUCGGUGCAAUAGUGAAUGUGAAAAUAAAAGAAGUGUAAAGUAGACCGCUAGCGGAGCAGAGGGAAUCCGUGCCUCAGUUAACCCUGGGAGGUAAACUUUCUAUGGUGUUUUUAUACGCUGAAAAACGGCUCUUGAUAUGGGCGAAAAUUGACCCCGUUAAAUAAAGCUGGUUAUCUCAAAAGUGGUAAACUGAUCUAGCGCUAAUUGUAAGCCCAAAUGCUGGGUCUAUCAAUCUAAAAUUGUUGGCCCUUGACGCAGCCCCGAAAAUAUCGAUGAAAGAUUGUACCGUGGACCACAGAGACAGAACACGGGAGAUAUCGUACGAGAGCCAGAGUGGGACAUUAGCCGUGUGGAAAUCGUUAGUCAGAGCGAAAUAGGGUUCUCGGACCAAGUGAAACGGCAUAUGCAAGUGUGAGUGUUGUACGCUGAAGUGAGAAGGAAUUGCUAAUGGAAAAGCGCAUUUGAUUCCUUCGGCCCAGGCUGCGGAGAACUGUGGAGAGGACCCUCACAGGACCAGAAGAACUGGAGGGUGGAAAGCAAGUGUGCGAAUUCGAUUUUCUGUUUCAUUCCUUGGUAUACUUUCCUCCUGCAUAUUCUACCGCUCGCUACUUUUUUCGGGGUUUGUUUUCAUCCUUCUGUGGCCUACUAAACAGCGAAACAGCAGUGCUGUGUGCUGGGAGGAAAAUACUACCGCCCUUUGCCACCUACUCACCCAGCUGCUCGCUCUCACUCCGCUCUCAGUGCUAGCUUCAGUAUACGUGUAUGACUAAAAAGUGUUUAUGCGAAAAACACAGUGUGGCGAAAAAUAGCAAAACUAGCAGAAAGCAAACAAUGUGGCAAAGCGUGAAAAACUGCUGAAAAUUACACAACUAUACAUUGUGCUGGUGCUCGACUACAAACACGAAGUCGAAGCAGAAAAGGACCCUUCUAUCCUUUUUGGAACACAGCGUACAGAUAAAAAAAAGAACGGGCGACAAAAUCCUCAGUCGCCAGAUAAAUACCCUGCUGGGCGUGUGUGUAUGUGAAGAUCUCUGUGCUCAAAGGAAAAGCGGAAAAACAGUGCCAGAGCUCCCGCAGCUGCUGGAUGAUUUUGCAUUACGAAUCGGAUGUGACAAAGUGAAGAGAAGGAGAGAAAAAAAUCCCUGCUCGUGGCGUCAAACCCGGAACAAUAGCUGACGAAGAUAAAUACGAAACUAUUGUGAGUGUAAUUCUGUGAAUAAUCACCAGAAUCCGAAAACAAGCGCCAAGGAAGAAACCUUCAGUGUUGAAAUUUUGUUGUUGAGUGAACUUCAAAGAUUUUUCGCGUACUCCACGUGGGAGGCCCAUUUUCUGCCCCAGUAGUGCAUGUUCGUGUAUGAGUGUGUGCAUUCGUGUGUGGAAUCCGAUUCGAGGUAGCAGCAACCUGCACCUGAAUACCCGUCUACUACCUAUCUAGAAUUAGCAGACAAGAGCCGCUGAGUCGAUUUGGGCAGUGGUGUGAAGAAUACCGGGAGGACCCUACAGAAAAGCAUAAGCCUACAGUGGGAGGUGCGUUUUUUAUUUUCGUUCGUUCUUCAAAGAAGUACAUUCGGCGUUAUAUUUACGGCAAGAUCUGUGCUCAGUGAGAUUUCGUUUGGAGGAAAGGACGUCAGCGUUUAAAAUAAGCUUUUUGGCUACAUUGGCGUUAUGAUUGAGCAGGAAGCGUAGAAGAGAGGGUCUGAAAUUCAGCAGACAUCUGAGCAAUCAUCGUAUCAUAGUAGAAAGUACGAUGCAGAUAAAAGUUGAUUUCAAUAAGCAAAUAAGUGUUAUACUACAGAUUCAAACAUUCGUGAAUGGUGAACGAGUGCCAGCUAACUAUUAAAUGAACGAUCAAAAAGUUCUAUCCUCGUAGCGUUCUAUAUCUAUUAGUGACAGUGCAGCAACUAUACAUAAAAAGAGCGAAAUUAUCGAAACCAAUGAAAAACUCUCCUAACAGUGUAUCAGUGCACUAGCCGAAACCGAAAAUAGUCGACUUAUUCAAAAAAAUAUGUGCAGCUAGCUAGCGAAUCGAUAUCACAUCCGGCGUGCAGUUUUUUUGUGUUUUCGUUAUUACCUUCCUACCCCGCGUCUAGUUCUAGUGUGAAUUGAAAGGGCAACGGAAUUGCAAUCAUCAUCGAUAGGUAUCGUCACCGUUGACGUUGAGGUCGUUGUCGUCGUCGUUGUCGUCGUCAUCCAUAUCGGUACGGUUCUACGCUACAGUCUGGUCGACGAGAGGUUUAACAUCAAAGUCUAUCGUCGCCGUUCGGUUUUCGUCAGCAGGUGCAGCGGAACCAUUCAAUCCUGCCGGUGGAUGCUCGAAAUGGCUGGAUUGUUUAUUAAGCCGGCCGUCUCCAUGCUAUGGCGGCAUACGGCGACCCCUCGAUGAUCUCUCCUCCGUCUUCCAUCUCGAACGGCCCAGAGCCUCAGUUACCGCCGUUACCACCGCCGUUACGUUCAACGCAAGUGCUGCAACCGCUGUCCGUAUUUCCAGUUUUUAUUUCCCAACUUCCAGUAUCAACCUUAAGUCAGGAAGCUACGUACGAUUAUGUGUUUGGAGGGCCCCUGGACUCGCAGGCCCUAUCAUCAACACUCAAGCUGACCUCACCUCCAAUUCGACUGCGCCCAGACGUGUACCGAUCCCAAUCGAUUGACUCCCAGCGCAGUAGUGGUGUAGAUGAUGGGCGUUUCUCGUCUGCACAGCACUCACAGCAUCACAGGUCGUCUCGUGCAAGUUCACUUAAGCGAUCAAGAUACGUAGGAAACGACGGCACCGCUUCUAUUGGCUCUCGCAAGAGCGAUCGUGGCGAUGGGGAGGACGAAGACUCAUUACGUCAAAUGCUUAUCGAGUUGCAGAAGCAGGUCAGCGUGAUGAGCAUGAAUCUGUCAGCGAAGUUAGACGAUCUGCAGCGGGGUGACCGGCAUCUCGAGACGACGGUCGCCCUCUGCGAGAUCCGGACGCAACUGCAGGAGCUCACCAAGUCAGUGGAGAGCUGCCAGACCGAAGUCUCGGAGGUGAAACGUGAUAUGGUACAAAUCAAGCAUGAGCUCGAUACGGUGCAACAGGUGAAGGAGGAGAUCGAAGAGCUGCGGGAAUACGUGGACCGGCUGGAGGAACACACACACCGGCGAAAAUUACGUUUAUUAGAGCAAGGUCUAACGUUCUUCCUGACGUACGCCAUCUUUGCGGCUGUACUCGGGAUGCUGCAAUUUGGCUACAAUACCGGUGUCAUCAACGCGCCCGAAGUCAACAUCGAGAAUUUCAUGAAGGACGUGUACAAGGACCGGUACGGGGAGGACAUCAGUGAAGAGUUCAUCCAGCAGCUGUACUCGGUGGCGGUGUCAAUAUUCGCCAUCGGCGGUAUGCUUGGAGGAUUCAGUGGCGGUUGGAUGGCUAACCGGUUUGGAAGAAAAGGCGGCCUGUUGCUAAACAACGUACUCGGUAUCUCGGGUGCAUGCCUGAUGGGAUUCACGAAGAUGAGUCAUUCCUAUGAAAUUCUAUUCCUCGGACGAUUUAUAAUUGGUGUCAAUUGUGGCUUAAACACAUCAUUAGUACCAAUGUAUAUAUCUGAAAUUGCUCCAUUAAAUUUAAGAGGUGGUUUAGGUACCGUUAACCAAUUGGCUGUGACCGUAGGAUUAUUAUUAUCACAAGUACUGGGUAUAGAACAAAUUUUAGGAACUAAUGAUGGCUGGCCCGUGCUGUUAGGGCUAGCCAUCUGUCCAGCUGUAUUACAAUUACUACUCUUGCCUAUCUGUCCCGAGUCACCUAGAUAUUUACUAAUUACGAAACAGUGGGAGGAGGAAGCGCGAAAAGCUCUCCGGCGGCUGAGGGCAUCCAAUCAGGUGGAGGAAGACAUCGAAGAAAUGCGUGCCGAAGAGCGAGCGCAGCAAUCGGAAAGCAGCAUAUCGACGAUCGAACUGAUAUGCUCACCAACGCUGCGGGCGCCACUCAUCAUCGGAAUUGUGAUGCAGCUGAGUCAGCAGUUUAGUGGAAUUAAUGCCGUUUUCUACUACUCAACAUCGCUCUUCAUGAGCUCAGGUCUAACGGAGGAAAGUGCUAAAUUUGCUACUAUAGGAAUCGGUGCAAUAAUGGUUGUGAUGACACUCGUAUCAAUACCACUAAUGGAUAGAACCGGUCGACGAACGCUGCAUUUAUACGGAUUAGGCGGAAUGUUUAUAUUUUCAAUAUUCAUAACGAUAUCAUUUUUAAUAAAGGAGUUUUUUGGUUACGUGCAGGAAAUGAUCGACUGGAUGUCCUACCUGUCGGUGGUGUCAACGCUGGCGUUCGUGGUGUUCUUCGCCGUCGGGCCGGGCUCGAUUCCGUGGAUGAUUACUGCCGAACUGUUCAGCCAGGGGCCGCGGCCGAGCGCGAUGGCCAUCGCGGUGCUGGUCAACUGGAUGGCGAACUUCGUUGUUGGAAUUGGUUUCCCAAGUUUGAAGACUGCCUUGGAAAAUUAUACAUUCCUACCGUUUAGUGUAUUUUUAGCAAUAUUUUGGAUAUUUACAUAUAAAAAGGUUCCUGAGACCAAAAACAAAACGUUCGAAGAAAUUUUAGCUCUAUUUAGGCAUGGGAAUGGAAGACACAUUCGCGAUAGUAGACUGUACGGGAGUAUGCUAAACUGCGUAAAUAACCUGGAGCCGCAGAGUAUGAACUCAGGCAUUGAACGCGCCGCGCUGAUGAUCUCCGAGGAAAAGACCCAGCAUGACUCACUGUUCGGAAUGGCCACGCUAGACGGUGAGAUGGGUCCCUAUCCGGUCGGGGACAGCACUUCCCGACUGUUCGGCACAGCAACGCUGGACGGGGAAAUGGGACCCUACCCGAUUGGGACGGCCACCCUGGACGGGGAAAUGGGACCCUACCCGGUCGGGACGGGCACUCUGGACGGCGAAAUGGGCCCCUAUCCGGUGGGGGACAGUGCCGCCAAUCUGCUCGGUCCGCAGUACUCACUGUCGACCGGCUACGGAAGCGAAAGCUUGACAAUCACCGGAAGGAGAGGCGGAGGAGGAGGAGGAGGCCGACUCAACUACGGAUCAACGGGACCAGCCGUUAGUACAACUUGCUCACCGAUGCCAAAUAGACGCACAGAACGGACAGGAAGAAGCAACGCGUCCAGGGGGAACGACAGCGGAUGCCCUGGUGGUGGCAUUGCGCCCCGGGACAGCUUCCGGCGGCAUUCUGCCCACGGGAGGAUAGUGUGCACAUCAGCUGCAUCCGAACGUUGUUCCGAAAACGCAAGAAAUACUCAAAUGCGAACUGCUACCUGUGCGCCUCAUCACCAUCAUCAGCAAGUACCUGUCUGCCAGAACACAGGGCCUUGACUGAAGAGCACCGCCUCGACUCCUCCUAACUCGUUUGCCAACUCGCAGUACGUCAGCAUCGAGCAUGCCGAAGAUGACGACGACAACGAUGGCACCGGCGGCGAUGGUCAGCAUCCACCGUCGAAACAUUCUCAUCAUCAUCAUCA